AUGCCACCUGGGUUUUGCUUCAAACAGCUGUAUUUUGCUACGCCGUUAAAAUAUUUAAUAAGAUACCCUUUAUUUACGGUUUAUGACAUCAUGCCUUAUUAUCAGACGUGGGAAGAGUUUGCGCGAGCGGCAGAAAAGCUUUAUUUGACGGAUCCGAUGAAGGUAAGAGUGGUUCUGAAAUAUCGACACUGUGAUGGAAAUCUAUGUCUGAAAGUCACAGAUGAUGCUGUGUGUUUACAGUACAAAACUGACCAGGCCCAAGAUGUAAAGAAGAUCGAGAAACUGCAUGGGAAGCUGAUGAGAUUAAUGGUCUCCAAAGAGUCCCACAGUGGAGCCAUGGAAACAGACUGAAUGAAUCAAAGGACCUGUUGGGAUUGGACAGUUGUUUGUUGCUCAGUACUACUGGCAGUGAAAAGAGAUGGACCUGCAGGAGGAUGGAGAUCAAGUUUGGUUGAUGUAUAGUGACUGUUUACUGAGAAUGUUUAAGAUUAUGCUCGUUUGGAGAGCAAGCAGCGAGAACAUCCUACAAGAGGCUGAUUUCUGUGUUCCUGUUUGGAGAUCGGACAAUGUCAUAAUGAUCAUACAGCUGUUUUCAUUUGGUCUGCCUAUUAUUUUAUGUUUGGAGAAAGUACGUUUUAACUGCGACAACAUUUAAGAAAACAGUUUGAAGCAGGACCUUCUUCAUUUCUUAGAUUACAAUAAAAUCCCAGUCCUGAA